ACCUUCCGUUAGUUCGACGCUCGUUGCUGCGUCCUGCGCGGUGGGGUAACGGACGGAGAAGGGAGAAGGGGGAUUCGUAGAUCUGGUUCGUGCGCCUCCAAAUGCCACCGGACAACGACCGCGGCCUCGGACCGUACGGACGGACAGCGGCGGGACAGCCACACGCAGGGGGGGACUCACGGGAAACAUGGCGGCGGGAAUAACAACGACCUGCUCGAGACUGUAGCGACGACAAAUCAGAGGAACGAGGCGGCUCGUGCGCAAGUAACUGAGGAGCAUCACUUAAGGCAGGUCAGCAAAUCUGAGCGUAACACCUAUGAGGAGCUAAAGAUAAACAAGAUGGAGUAAGAAUCAAAAUGUGGGGAUCAAUACAGCGUGGACUCAUCAAUCCGAGCGGUUUGUCGUGUAUUUGUGGUGAUAAAAAGACGAUAUCUGAUUGUGAUUUGCCUUUAAAUUAAUCUGUUUGCACCAUAGGCGGUCAGCUGCUGUAUUUGAAGUAAGUGUAUAAAGACACUGAAAAAAAACAAAACGAUUUUUGGUCGAAAAAUUAUAAGUAGUUUUCUCAUUUUCAAUUUAUCUCUUCCUGGGGUACUUUUUUUUUAUUUUUUAUUUUUUUGGAAGAAUUUAGUUUUGUUUUUAUGGAAGUCCAAAAUAGACAUGCAUCCAUACAUUUUAAUUACCUUACUUUGUUUUGUUUUCAUUGAUAUUCCAUCUUCACAUCAAACAGCCAUGACUCAAAUGCCAAAAGUCGCAAAAAAAAUCAAACAGAAAUAUUCUUUUGUAUAAAAUUGAGAAAUGGCUAAAUGUAAGCUAUCCCAGAUACCAUAGAAAACGUUUUUUUGGGGGUUCUGUUAUCUCAAGAAACAAGAGAAAAAUAAGUCAAGAUUAUUUUUGGGGAAAGUAUUUAUCAAUAUCACAAGAAAAACUGUUCUGCUUCACUAGGAUAACAGCAGCAAUUGGCCCAGACUUUGUUUAAAACAUCUAGAAUACUCAGAGAAUACUGGUUAUCAACGGAAACACUGGUGUUUCCGGGGUUGGUGAGAUAAGUUGGCAGUAGUAUACAGCGAAACAUUAACUUUACUGUUGAGGAAACCACCAAAUAGAUAACAUAUUAAGUUUUGUUAAUUUCCUGAAUGCACUUACUUACUUUUCAUAAUCUAAGAGGAUACUUGUUGAGGUUUUCAUCCAGAAGACACUUUUGUUGUAUUUUGUAUAGCGAAAGGACAUCCAGACUAGAAUUGUAUCCAGAGGGAACCUUUUUUACCAUUAUAUUCACUGGGAAGGCAUCAGAAGGGCACCGUUUUUUUACUUCUGACACACUGAAAGAACACCUAGAUGGCACUGUGUUUAUGUUUUACACGUUUAAAGGACAUUUUGAGGGGAUUUUAUAAAUACAUACUUAAUCCAUUGAAAAAAAGCACUUUUUGUACACUGUAUUCGCAGAGCAUCCUGAAAGUUAUAUCUCAAUACAGCAAGUAGGGAGUUUAAAAAUCUUUAACCUAAGAAAAUCAGCUCUGGUAUCAUAACAUGAAGCAAAAGAGGAAUGAUGAAAAUAAAGAAAAACAACAAUGUUUGAGAAACGUUUAUUAUGAAAAUCAGAUCAUCGCAAGAUAUUUUCUAUAAAUCCAGAGGAAGCAAAUGGAUAUCAACUUUAAUCAGCUGAAGGCUUCCAUACCUUUUCUCUCUCUCUGUGUCUAGUUUUUUGUUUUUGUUGUUUUUGUCUGAUCAUCACUUGUUUCCCUUUCACUUCCUCCUUCCCCUCGACCAAGUCUAGGAAAAAAAAAACAUUAAUAAAACUCAAUAACACAAAUUCACAAAGACAAUACACGUCAAAUAAAAGGAGAAAAACAUCAACCACAUGGGAGGCAGACAGUUUUACGGUUAAAUAAACUGCAAAACAUUAACCACAUUUUCAGACACCUGUAUUUCUGUGCGGAAGCGAGGAAGUGAACAACAACUUUCUCAGCCACUGUUCACACAGAUGUUAAAAAUGAACUUAACUUUUUAAACUGACUGAUGUAGGAGAAUUUUAAUCACUAAAACGGUUUUGUGCUCAAAUAGAGGUUUAAAUUUUGAGGGCUUUGUGUGAGGUACUAUCAAUAACUACUCUUUUCAGUCAGAGUAUUUUAGACUGUUGGGGGGUUUCCUCUUAAAUGUUAGUUAAAUAAAGGGCCUGAUAGAUGUUGAGGAAAAGUCUGAGUAUGCAAAGAGUAAACUCAAAACUCUCGUGUUGAAGUUUUAGUUUGUCCUUCCGCCCCCUGUGGCCGACUCUGCGAACUACAUGGCUUUAUUUUGUUUGCGUUGCAGGUCGAGUUUUUUUGUAGCAAGAUGAUGUGACCCAGUUUGACACCUGAUAACAAAACAACCUCAAACCACACAGUGAGAAAUAAAUAUGUAAAACGUGUAAAUAUGAUAUAAAGUACCCCCAACUCCACCAAUCAGAAUGUAAACAAGACACAUAAAAUCAAUACAACCCUCUGAGACAUAAGUAACUAUUGAAAUAAACCCAAGUAUGGAACCAAAAACAAAAUACAUCACCAGGAUACAUUGAAGAAUGUUCAGAAAGUGCCAGAAAUUAAAAUAAUGAAAUACAACGUUAUCCUACUUUACUACUGCUACUUCUUAUACUUAAAGGGAUAUUCUGGUGUAAAUUUAAGUUAGGGUCAAAAACGCUGUAACACCGUGUUAGACCCCCCCUCCAGAGAUGAAUGUUGCCGACCUCUUGCUUCUCUAGUUAUACCAACUUAAGUAACGACCGCAGGAUAGCAAUACAGAGAGCCCCACCCUCAACCAAAACGCCACUCUAUAGCCACAAAUAAUGCUCAGAACAGCACCUAACUUCAUCAACAGGACAUAUAGGGUCACAGACAUAGUACUAGCCACCAAACAUCUUUUUAACUUUGACUAAGGCUACGUUCACACUGCAGGUUAUGAUGCACAAUUCGGAUUUUUUGUUAAAUCCGAUCUUUUUGUGCGGUCGUUCACAUUAAAACAACGAAUGCGGCAUCUAAUGUGAACGCAAUGCGUCCGUGAAGUGACACAAGUGGCACAAAUUGCUUUCCGCGCCUGUUUGUCUGGCGAACAAUGGUGACGUUUGUUGCAUAUUGAUGACGUGUAGGUCGGAUGAACGUGACCUGAGCGUCCACACUGCAGUCACAUUGGAUACAUAUCUGAUUUAUAUCUACAUACAAAAGAGGCCUGGGUCGGAUUUGAAAAAUCAGAAUUGACCUGUUCACACUUAGAUGAAAAAGAUCGGAUAUGUGUCACAUAUGGUUAAAAAAUCGGAAUUGACCUGCAGUGAGAACGUAGCCUAAUUGCUUUAGCAAAGAGACUAAACACAACUCACCUACUCUCUUUCAGCAGCCGCUUGUUUGAAGCGAGACCUCGGGCCAGUCCAUUACGGACUACAGCGGGGUGCCGCAGCUCAAGGAAGAACAUUUGUGAUCAUUUCUUGAUCAUUCUUGAAGUUAUAAUCACCAUAUUAAUCAUUUUGCUCUGCAGAUGCAGGAGUUCUUCUGCCUUAGCGUCUCAGUCUGAUCGUAUUUCCAUGAAGUAAUGAUCAUAAAUGUUCUUCCUUGAGCUGCGUCACUCCGCUGUAGUCCAUAAUGGACUGGCCUAAGGUCUCGCUACAAACAAGCGGCUGCUGGAAGAGAGUAGGUGAGUUGUGUUUAGUCUCUUUACUAAAGUUGGUAAGCGGUCAGCAACAUUCAUCUCUCCAGGGGGUGUCUAACUGUGUUGCGGUGCGUUUGACCCUGGAUUAAUUUUACGCUGGAGUAUCCCUUUAAUAAAACUGCACAAGUCCAUACUUUCUCAAACAGUCAAGAAGCACACUGAGCGCCUCUAAAAAGACACGAGAUGCAGUGUUAUCACACACUGUUUAUCAUGCUCGCUCCUCCAUGGUAACAGAUCUACAAAAAACUGCACAGACUUGUAAAAUGUACAAGUUAAUCACACAUCCACUUCCUCAAACCCAGGCUGAUUAAAACUUCUAAUCAGGUCACAAAUAGCAGAGAGUUUCCUGCUGUGUAUACGCUGCCGUCAAAGACUGUGAGCAAAGGGGAACCAAAAGCAAAGAUGAAUUACACCGGGUGUAAAAGACGACACAUACUGUAAUGCUUUCAUUCUCAAGUUGCAAGCAGAAGUACAUUAUUGAACCGGGUUUUGAGUUUGAGUUUUAUGUAUGUGAUAAAAUGUGUCUGGUUAUAUCAUCCCAUACAGAGAGCUGGCAGUACGAAUAAACUGUAAAUGUCUUCAUCCACAGAGGAGAUGAGGGGAAACCUGAUGGCUGCAGCCUGUUUCUAAGCAACAACAACAGCAACACAGCGUGGGGUACCCCACAACCAUGGGCUACAAGGUAACAUCACUACACUCAGUACGAUGAAGUCCAGAUCAGUGUUUGAAAUAAAAAUAAAUCUGUUCCCGCUGAACUCGUCAGUCAGUGUUGAGAGCUCCAGCAGUCUCCAGAUGACUCACAGCCUCAGCUGUAGUAGCAGUUACUGCCGGUGACAUGAUUCAUUCAUCACUCUCAUACACCUUCAGCAGAAUAAAAUAUGCAGAUUCAACUAGAAAAGACUGGGAGCACAGACAGCUGGGAGAAAAUCACAGGCGCUGUGGAGUGGAAAUGUCUCACGCCUGAAACCGAUACGGAGAGGCGAGCUCUGUAUGAGUGGAAUAGCACCGACAGGAGCGCAUCAGAUGUUGCCGUUACGAUAUUCAAUCCCUCACAGGCCGGCCUCGUACAGUUUGCUCUUGUUUUGUGUCUGCUUGUAGAGAUGAGCUGUCAGCUGAAUAAGAGCUCAUCCUGCAGAUGUAGAGACGCUGAGCUGGAUCAGGGUCUUGUUUGAGUCGUGUUAAGAGGUACCUUAGCCCCUCUGUUUGUGUCCAGGUAUUUGGGAACGCUUCAUAUCACAUCAAACUGUAAUCUUCAUAUGAAAGGACUGCAUUAAUAUGAUGAUUGUUGAGUUUGGGAAGAGUAAUACUGGAAAGUCAACCCCUCAGUGCCUCUUUAAACAUCAGCAGAGGUUUACUGACAGUCCUCUAAACUGACUGCACACUUUUGCACAUUUCCAAACUUUGUUGUCUGAGGUUUUAUAGAUGAAAUGUACAAAUAAACACAUAAUCCAUGAAGGUAAAUGAUGAUAAACGCAACAGGAGACUUAAAGAUAUCAGUCAUAUUCUCUGCCUCUUCAAAGGAAAAAUACAGACUGGAUUUUGGCGAGAGUGUGAAGGAUUCAGUCCUGUCUUUGUGUGCCACUCAGAGUUCAUUUGUUGGUCAAAGUCAGCGCUCACACACGGCUCUGUUUUAGCAGAAAUGCUCUCAGGUUAUCGGCUUACGUAACGCUGCUGUUUCCCGGUGUCAAUGCAUGGCAGCAGAUUUAUCACAUUAGAGACCAGAAUGGGCUCCACUCUGCUUCCUCUGUCUCUGGACCCCGUCUGAUGUGUAUCUAAUACUUACCAGGGCAUCUGCUCCGUGCUUCAAAGUGAGUUAGCGGCGAUUAGAGAUGAAGCAGGAAGGACUGUGUGAUUGCAUGAGAGACUACAGGCAGUCGGAGUGCAGCAGUGAGAUGACAUCUCCUCUGAUUUAGACCUCCUGAAUAGAUUUUUGCUGCAGUCGAGAUGAAAGUUUCCUUCAAGUGUUGCUUCAGGAUGUUAGCACUGCUUUUGGACAACAAGGAAAUUAGGUUUUAGCGACCUGUUCGUCUGAGGGAGUGUAAAUUUAAUCUAGGCAACCUUUGUUUACAGCCAUGGAGGAUUAUUUAGCUGUCGAAACAUUUGACUGUGUGUUUAUUGAUAUAAAACGUCAUAUACGAUCUAAUACCCCCUGUAUGACGUAGAGAAGACAUUUGUUUUUGUUGUUGUUUACUCCAGUUACUGUUACUCAACAUGUCUCAAGAUUUCACCCUGGUCCCUGCUGGCCUAGUGGUUCAUACUAGAGAUCGGCGAUAUGGGCUAAAAAAUUUAUCACAUUAAGAUUUGCCGAUCUAGCGAUAAUGAUAAAAGUCCAGAUAAAAAAUAUUAUAAUUCUAAUCUAUAUGUAGAGGUGGAAGAACAGUUCAUAGUUAUAAAUACAGUUAACAUGAUUGAAUGUGUGAAAAAGAUCAAUAGUUUCUUUCAUAAAUUCAAACAGUGGUUAAAAAUGUCAAAAAUAUACCAGAGUUCAUGUUCUCUUGUGAUUUGGUGAAUGUUGAUAAAAAGGGCGCUUCCCCCUUUAAGACCGCAUAUGUGCGUGAGAUGUUUCGUUGAUCGUGAGCCGGGCAGUCAGUGCUAAUAAUAAUAAUAAUCGCACGAAAGAAAACGGUCUCGGUGUGAAAGGACCUUUAGCCUGCUACUUUCUUUGUAAUUUUGCGGAAUAAUAUCUUUGGAUUUGAGAAAUAAAACUGAAGAUUCUUUAUAUUUUUUCUUCGUUUCCAGAGUGGAUUUUUGUUGAACUGUGUCGCUGGGCUAGCUAAAGGCACUAAUUGAUAUCUGAGUAAGCCAUUGAAGUUCUCAAGCAUCAAUUCAAACCUCUACACUAUAACGACCUGAGUGGUAGGUUAUGGAGAAAACUAAUGACAUCAAACAAGUCUCAAAUGCGAAAACAUUUUCAACUCUUAUUGCCAAAGAUUGAACAGAUCCACUGUCCGAUGUCAGGCAGACCUGAUCGAACUCAUCUAAACUCCAGUCUUAAAGGAAAUCUGUCAUCUGGAGCCUCUUACAGUAACGAGCUGCUCAGAAACGUCUUCAUCACCACGGCUGCGAGUCCGUCGUUCACACUAACGUCAUCAAAUUUUAUUUAUUGUAUUUAUCGUGAGAUGGUAAAUAUUUAUCAUGGAGGAUUUUUCUGACGAUAUAUCGUGAACAAUAAUUUAUCGCCGUAGUUUACACCCCCACCCCCUGUAUACAGACGUUCUUCUGUUUCCCCUCAUUCUCCCCGUUUUCUACGCUGCCCUUCCUCCUCCAGAAGAGGCAAACAUAACCAUCAUCUUGGUCAGCUUGUGAGAGACUUAAAUGCCAAUCAGUGCUGUGCUUAAGCUAUGAAUUCCCUCAUGUAUAUUACUCUGCAGCUGACCAUUAAACCGCUUCCUGCCAGUCCUCUCCGUCUCUUUACUUUAAACACCGUCCUCUUAGUGAUAUAGGGUUGUAAUAUUCCUGCGUAGAAAUCUGAGUAAGCAGAUUCACUGUAAAAACAUAAUAAUUUAGGCAGAGUAAUAAAACAGUUUUAUUCAUUUUAUUAUUAAAUCUAAAAGUCAGAAUCGUGACGUACAUUUAAAAAAAAAAGCAAAAUAAUGGAAUAAUUAUAAUAAUGGAAAAAAUAAUGCAUUUUUUCUCACUCACUUUUGGCCUUUUUCCCCCUUAUGUCCAUAAAAUUAAAACUUUCAAAUACAAAAUGUAAAAAAAAAAAAAAACUCUCUUCUUUUUUUAUUUAUUUAUAUGAAAUCUCGUUUGUAGUUGACAUCAGGUGCGGUUCAGUAUCAGCCCAGAAAAUCCGCGCUGGCCAUUCUUGGUUUUCUAAUCCCAUCAUCUCGGUCUCUGCUGAUUGAUCAGUUGGUAUCUGAACAGGCAGAAACACUUCACAGUUUAUUGGAUUUAUACAUAAUGUAAUUUUUUAAGGAGAGUAAGAAAGUGAGUCGUGCAGAUGGAUUUAUGAAUCUGAAGAGCAGAGACAUAAAUGUCAUGCUACAGCCGACAGCGAGCGGCCCGUCAUCCUCCCUGCUGUUUGAUUCAGAGCUGCUGCUGCUGCUGCUGACACGUACAGAACCACCUCACUCCUCUCACUCUGCCCCACCAGAUUAAAACACACACACACACACACACACACUCCUACCUUUUAAUCUUGAGUACUUUAUGGCUCCACAAGCCCAUGCAUAAUACACUACACUUCUGGCUGCCUGUGUGUGUCUGCAGUGUGUGUGUGUGUAUUAGAGCAGGGGAUUUAGGGCGACAUCUUUAAGCAGAUAUCGGUGACACCACCAUCUGUCUGGAGCUCUAAAGCCGGCAGCGCUGCAGUGAUGCAGUCCUUAUAUUAAUACUUUUAUUUCCUUGAUUCGCUCGCUCUCAGGCGUCCCGUUGGAGGCCCUCAGACACAUUCAGCAGAAUAUUUCUCAUAACUUGAACACACUCAGUGCGUUUACAUGCACAGCUUAAUUGGACUAAGAUCAUAGUUCGUUUUUUUAAGGAAUCGGACUUCUCUCCUUGUCCUCGUUUACAUGCAGCUGUGAAAAUCGAAUUAUUGACAUGAACGUGUCCUCCUCCCCAACACUAGGGGGCGAUAUGGGUCUUUUCAGCAGCGCUGUUUCUGGAGCGUCUGCGCUCCGAUCCAGAUCAGCAGGCAGAUCAAAUAUGCAAGCAUUAUGUUCAAUGUGUGUCCGUAACAAUUCGUCCGGCUCCGCUGCGGAUCCACUUCGGUGGUCAGAUCAGAUAUGCAAGGCUUCUACUUUUGCCGGACGCCGCAGCACGGCGCAUCAGUUCAAUGCAGCGCAGCAGGAGUGGCAGCAGAGGUUGUACGUGGCUACAGAGUAAAAUAUCCUGUUAAUUUUCAAAAUAAAAUAAAGUCACUUUGUGGCCAGGGUUGUGGGACAUGGGUGUUUAUAUAUGCUACGUUCGAGUUACCUCGGAAGUUGGAUGUAGAAGCUGAAAAUGACGUCACAUCCGAGUUCCUAGUGUGAAAGUUAUUUUAGCGUUUACCUUAUAGUUGGACAAAGCAAGCACUAAAAUGCCUUUCGUAGAUGUAGCCAUCUUGUUUCCACCUCCAAUUUUGCUGUUUUACGGCUUGGUAACUGAAACGCUGGUAACUCGGAUGUGACGUCAUUUUCAGCUCUGACAUCUGACUCCUGAGGUAACUUGAACGCAGCAAUAAAACGCAGUUUAUAUACACCGAUCGGCGGAUCUCAUUCAGUGUUUCUUGGGGAAACAUACGAGAUCUCAUGAGAGCUUGUCCAAUCUUGUAAGAAUUAUCAUUAUAACAUUAUAAUAUUGCGAGCGCUUCUCCUUCGCUUGCUGCAGCGGAUCAGAUCCAGUGGACGCCGUAUGCCUGCGUAUUUGAUCCGCCUGCCAGUCCGGAGCUGUUCCGGAUCCUGUGGAAUCCCCAGGGAGAGGUUCAGCUCUGUGGCUGGAUUAGCUAAGGGGCCCUACAGCAGACAGGAAGUGUCCCCAUCCUGCCACUCAAAGGCGACAAACAUCUUGAUUUUGGACCCACCUCCACGGUUACAUUCUGUGGUCAAGAAGAGACCGUAUGAAUGUCCCGCUCUUGUCAUAAAAAUGACAUGAAUUUGUCUAUCUGCAGCGUCCUGACUCAUGUGCAUGUUUACAUUCUACACAGUAAAGUAUGACUGAAUUAUCAUCAGGUUUUUUUUGGCUGACACGAGCACAAACAUGUCCAAAAACAGGAUGAACUCAGCUGCUUCCUUCAGAUGAAGCCAAGUGGAAGCAGCUGGUUCCCCUGCGAGGCCUUUUUAUUUCCCCCCCAGAGGUCAAUGGUUGAAAUCCUCUCCGUCUCUUCAGUCUCUUCGGUUUAUCUCCGAUGGGAGUACAGAUGGUUCAUUCACUCAGAAACGGCCUCAAAGGGUUUCAUUCAAUGAUCUGAAAAGAAAGAGACACUGACGUCCUGUCAGAACUUAUUUCACACUGUUAGAAAAUCCCAAACUUUGAUUGGUUUCAGCUCCUUCAAUGGGAACAUUUAAAGUUGCAGCUCUGGUUUUAAAAUCCUUUUUGUCCUUUCUGAGUCAAACUGAAGAGGAAGUGAAAGAUACUUUCUCAGAAUAUGAAGAUUGUUUAACUCUAAAUCAGAUUUCUGCGAAUAUGAAGAGAUUUAUUCUGGAAACAGAAGUUUUUAACCCUCCAGACUCCUGAAACAAUGAAGGGCUGUUCAUACGCUCAAAGUCGUGACGAUUGAUUUUUUUUAUGGCAUCAUAUGUGUCAGACCGCACAGUAUGAAGCUGCUGCAUGUUCUGCCUCUGGCUGUGCACAAACCAUCUGCUCUAAGUACAGAAAUACAGCAGCAGCAGCAGCAGCACAUUGAUUUUGUAACGUCUCUGCACUCGUAUGUAGAACAGCAGCCAUCUGUGCGUGUUGUGGUCUAUAGGCUCUGAUCUGUGUUUACAGUAUUCGACUGGCUCGAUUGAUUUCUGUCCUCUUCUGGUUCAUGUGGUGGUCAUUUACUGCCUCGCUCUCCAUUUCGGUUAUAAUGCAUUUUGCCUCAUGCAACCCCAGGACUUUAUCCAGCUUUGUAAAGUCCUGGUAUCUGAGCUCGGAGUAUCUGCAGGUACUGAAUACUGGAUGAAGUUGUGAACUUGGCUAACGACACGAACCAGUUCUCCUUUGGUAUGACUGUAAUUAUCACCACCAUAACCCCCAUCAAUGCUGUCUGACCAUCGCUGUGGUUAUCUGAUCACGUAGACGCCGCUCUCUUCAUAGUUUGAUUGAUUUUGAUGUGAGUUAUGAUGCAAUUUUCACCCUGUGCCACCAUCGACCGCGAUAGAAAUGUCUGUAUCUUUCAGGACCCACGGAAUAUCUUGUGUUUGGACUAGAAUUAAGUGUAAUAUCUCAAAAGAAAAGGGUGAUUCUUUUCUUUCACCAGAAAAAAAAGUUAGUCUCUAACCCACUCUUUUCUUUAGUUAUCAUCUGCUCAGUGCGGCGUGGUCAUACCAUCUUUAUCAUCUCUGCGAAAAACACAUUUUUACAAAGGAGAGACUUUCAAGCCAAACUCUGAUCGUCUGUUUCAUUUCACUUCAAACUAUUUUACUGGUGGCAUCAAGGUCCUCCCUCCUUGGACAUCACUCAGAUGCGAUUGUGAUCGGUCACUCUGUGAAGGUUGGGAGUCGUAUUGGCUCUUGAGAACCUGACGCCAUGACUGCUCACGUCGCUGAAUUCUGGCUCAGUCUCGCUCACCAGUACCGGCACCGGCGGCACAACGACACACCGAAAAAUUGUUUCUUUGAUUGUCUGCAUGACGAUGUUAGGGUCAGGUACCAGGGUCUCCACUGGAUCCAGAAACGACCGUUAGCUCUUGGCUAAUGACUUUGGCGUUUUACUACUCUCCUCAAAGAGAAAAAAACACUCCACAACUAGGCUAAUUGGCGCACUUCUCACUGGCGAGUACUUAUUUUUCUUAUUGUAACAUGGUUAUGACGUAUUUGUCGGCUUUUCUGCGUUCAGAACAACCCCAAGCUUAGUUAGUCGCAUGUUGGGGAGGAGCGCCCUCUGGCGGAAAACAAAAAAACUGAAAAAUCCGUCCAAAUCCGUUAUUGGCACCGAAUGAGUUCAGUUUAAUUCUGCGGUCCUAAGGUCCGAGGUCCAUUUAUUGACAUAAGUACGUCCCCCUUAUAGCUUUUUAUGAUCGGGUUGUUGACGUACCGUGUCGCCAAAACAGUCAACAAACACGACGGCGAGGGGCUAAUGGGUUCAUAACUUUACAGCUCUGUAUCUUUGUACGCCUCAUAUGACAGAUGUUUCUUUUAUUGCGUCCUUUUUAUUCUGUUUUAUUUCUUGGUCAAAGUCCGAUAUACAAAUUGCGGAGCAUGUGCCGAACACUCGUGACCACGGUAACGGUAGAUUGACCGUCAUCUGAUAGAUCUACGCUUCAGAUUAUCGUCGUUCAAUAAAAUGUAACUUGUAACCGGUAGUAGGUCUAAAAUCAUCCGGGACACAAAUUCAAGGACUGGAAGUAAAACCAGUAUCAGGGGAUCUCCUCUGACAUGCUCCAGUUCCUCCAGUGCCCCCAUCACAUCUCAGUCCAGAUGUGAUGAGCCCGAUCCUCCAGCUGAGUCAGGUCUGGAUGCCCCCUUCAAGCAUAAUAAGAUCUGAGACGGUUUUAUAGGCGAACAGCUUUAGUGACCCUUGAUUCUGAUCAGGAGACCUUUUAUUACGGGGUUCAUUCUGACUAAAUCCAAAAAAAGCUUCAGUGAUCCGUGGGUCAAGAAGCUACUCAGCGAUUUACGUCAAACAAAAUUAAGUCUGAGAUCCCGGGGCAGAGGUCUUCUGUCUCUCACAGAGUCAGGGUUAAAAACUAAACAGGGACAGAUUCAGAUUUCCGGGACUGGAGGCUCUAAAACCUCCCAAGGACGUCAGGACUUCUGAGUCAGUGUGUCCUCGACUUUUCUUUCACAGGCUGUUUUUAUGUGGUGGUUUUAUUUGGCUCCGUUUCAGCUUCCUCGUCCUUUUGUGUUUUUUAUUUUUCUUCUGUUUCCUCAAAUUUCAAAGAAUUAGAGUUCAUUGUUAUACCCUUCAGUUAGCCAUUUCAGCCACCAAAUACUCUAAAUGAAUCUAUACUUGAUCAAAAUCAGAAAUACGCUGCAAAUGUGACUGACACAGUGUGUAAUAAACGCACAUCGAGUUGUCGGUCUUUUAUGAGCUGACUCUGAGGCAUCAGGAACUGCGGACACUUGUAACCGCUGCAGAAAAUGCUUCGUCAUGUCAGACCUCCUCCUUCACUCCAGGGAUUUAUUUGAUCCCUUUUCUUUUCAUUUCUCUUUAUCGCUGUUGUUUCGCGGGCGCUCGCUCUGCCGCACAGGUAAAAGGAACUUUGGACGAAACACGACAGGAGAUGAUAUCAACUUUUAUUCUUUAUAUAAUCAUCAAAGGUUUGAUUAUUUUCAGCGUUUCUAUUUUCGGUCUCAUCCUGUGUUUUGUUAAAGCUCUGGUUUUUAUUUAAAGUGUCCUCAUGGAUGCAGAAAACUGAAGAUAUGACAAUUUUACAGCUGUUAGAGGUUCGAGCUUGUUUUUUUUAACAUUAUCUCAAACUCGUUAUGCUGAAUCAUGUCUGUGUUCCCUCCGUCCAUGACCUGGAUUUGUUCCAGCUCCUAGAGGGAGGUUAAUGUUUUAAACAAAUUACAACGUUUGGGUUCGAGGUUAUUGAUGAAACAUUUGCUACUAAAAGGCAAAUCAGUGGACGCACCUGCACCGACCUGACCUCUGUGGCUCAUGAAUCUUUUUCAUCUCAAUCGCAAACCCCGGAAAUAUACAGAAGUGCUAUCAAGUCUCGUGCCUCCAGGCUAGGCCUGAACGAUAUAUCGUUUGACUAUCGUCAUCGCGAUGUACGUGUGUGCGAUAGUCACAUCGCAGAGCCUGCGAUAUUGGAGGUGAAUGAACUCAUUUAAUUUCAAGGGUAACCGACUGAGAUACACUCCAUGUGACUCUGCAUGUGCUGUGCAGCGAUCCACCAAUCGCCUUCGUCCUUAACUCAGUUGCCAAUCAGACUCACUUCUCAGUUGCCAAUCAGACUACCCUGCCAGCUGUCAAUCAAAAUCAGGGAGGAGAAAACCCACCCCUGCACAUGGAGGGAGACGUGUGUCCGCUGAGAAUUACUUUCGGAACUUUACUCAUGACUAUUAAGCCCAACAAAUAAGAACUGUAUGGGUUUUAAAUUGUACAUUUCCGUGGACCACUCUACUAUAAGCAGUGCGCGUUUUGCGAGGUGCAUGCAAUUCUCGGAGGACAUGCGUUUCUCGGCACAACACCGCUAACAACAACAACAACGAUUGCAAAAUGAGCAACGAACAAGCGAAAACCACAGAAAAUAAAGAUUUGUUGCCAAAAAGAAAAGGAAAGUCAGUUAUCUAGAAUUAUUUCGGUUAAAAGAAGGAUGAUGUCGACCAAAACACGUCUUCUGUGUUCAUCUGUUGCCACAAUAACGUCCCAGCACAAUAAAAGCUAAAAAUAUCUCUGAGACAGACAGAAGCCGUUCUACUAACAUUCACAAAAAGAGGUAAGAUCAGAGCAGAUUAACUGUCCUCAAGAUUUCAGCAGUGCAGCAUAACAUUAAGUGCUAUUCAGGUCAUCUGGUGAAAAUACUGUAUUUUUAAUAUCGCAAUAUAUAUCGCAGGGUUGAAAAAAUCGCAAUAGUAUUUUUUUCCAAUAUCGUGCAGCCUUACUCCAGGCCAUGGCGUUUGCGAAAGAAGGCGAUGGAAUUGAUAUGACUUCACAGUUUCAGGUGAAGAGUAAACCACUCCCCCCUGCAAAGUCUGUCUGAAGGCGGUAUUAACCCGUCACCACAGAAACAUUUUUAUUUUUUAUUUUUUAUUUUUUAUUGACACAUAUUAACAGUACAAACACAAACCAAAGGACAAAAGGUAGUCACAAAACAAUAUUAUAGGCAUCAAUUCAAACAAAAAACUAAAAAGAAAAGAAAAUGCUCGAGGUUAUAAAUCAUUAAUGUAUUCAUCACAUAUUCUUUUAGUUUUGAUAGCUUUAGUGUUUUUACAAUGUUUUAUAGUUUCUAGAUAAGAAGAUAGUACAGCUUUAAGAACACUAACAUUUGGACGAUGGUUUGCAAAUUUGGCACAAUGAAUAUGAUAUUUGGCAAGAAUUAAAAGAAGAUUCACAAUAUAUGAUUUGUCUACAUUACUAACAUCCUUUUUUGAAAGUCCAAAUAACACAUGUUGAACAUUUAAUUUGAUUGAAGAGUCAAUUUUGGUAUUUAUAAAAUUAUUGAGAUCAAUCCAAAAGACAUGGCUAUGAGUGCACUCCCAAAAUAAGUGGGAUAUUGUUUCGUCUGAGUUUCCGCAAAAUGAGCAGUGUGCCUCUAUAUCAAUCUUAUAUUUGAUUAAAUUAGUCUUGACAGGAUAACAUCUAUGCAUUACUUUAAAUGAAACCUCUCGUACUUUAUUUGUAAUAAGAAAUUUCCUUGGUAGGAUCCAAGCGUUCUUCCAGUCUAUAUCACUAUAUAAAUUAUUCCAAUAGAAGAAAAUUCAGGAGGAAACGCCAAAGUUUUUUGUCGUAUCGGCGUUUCAUCCACACGGAAAGGUCUUUUCAGGUGACUGUAAACCGUACUUUUUGAAAACGGGUCAGAGAGUGUAUAAAUCUGUAAACGACGACUAUUUCAUCUCCGUGUGGAUGUCUAUCUGCCUCGCUGGAAAUGUGACACACAGCGUAACUCUUUUAUGGCGCCUGCACGUGUCCGGACAAAAUGACCUGUAAGCGCGCGCUGUACACUUCUUCUGCCUUUUGUGCAUUUCCUGUGCAGCGCCACUUACUGGCUUGGCAUAUGCACUACAUCGUUUUCAGCUAUUUUGUUUUGCGAGAUGAUAGAAAAACUUUUUAUUUAAGUAAAGUUUGGUGAAGUUGUCAUUCAAUAAAAAAUCAAAAUCAAGUUUUCAGAGAGAAAAAAAAAGGGUUUUAUUUUUGUCUAAAAUCGUGCCGCGUUACUGUGGUCUUUGGUGGUGGACAUGUUAAAGCAGAAGCAUUGCUUUUCGCUCAAAAAGACUGAAUGAUUGUUUGAUCUGCAGACGGUUAAAGAGCUCAAAUCUUCCAGUUGUUUAUGAAGAAAUCUGACUUUAAAAAAAAUGAAACCAAAGCUCUUUGAGUGAAAAAGUGACGUAUAGUAGCUCAUGUGACUUUUUGAGAAGUUUCGAUCAUCUCGUUUGACACGCAGACGUGCUUUAGGAAACAAUAAAGGGAGGGUUAACGUUAUUCUGACCUCUUAGUGUGAAUGAAGUCAGUCUAACCGUCGGGUCAAAUGCACUAAAUUUAAUUGUGGAUCCUUUAAUGGACUUCAGCCUCUUUCUCUUCGUCUUAACCUUAUUCUCCUCUCGCUCACUCAUCCUCGCUUUAUGGAGGACUCAUCCUUUCCUUCCACGAACCAAGCAUCCUCUCCCCUCCUCCUCCUCCCCCUCUUGCCUCCUCUUUCUCCCUGAUUUCACUCAUCACCCGAGGCUGAGAUGGCACGCUCCACUGUCCUUAUUCUUCGCCGCUGUUCUGCUCUUUUACUUACAGUAUCAGAACCAGGAAUUCAGAGGAGAAAAGGAGUAUCUCCCUCACUAAUGAGGCUGGUUUCAAAAACAAACUCAUUAUUUUCACUGUACCCUCUAGACGUAUUGAGCAACACAGACAGCUUCUUAAUCUGGGCCUGCGGGUUUUUAUUUUCCACCGGGACGUUUCCCCCAGAUAAAUCAGACGCUUUUUAUCCAGUGAUAUUUAAAAAAAUUCACAAACUCACAAAUACUGCAAAAGGAAGAAAAAGAGGCAGCAGGAAAGAGACAUUUUUCAUAUUUUCCUUUAGCAUCAAUACGACAAAGUCCUGGAACUUUCUCAGCUGUGCAGGUGUCUCAGUUUGACUAAUAACUGUCCUGGACUGGUUCUCCAUGUGUCGUUGCAUCAUCUUCAUGAGACUUCAGGCUGAAGUGGAAAUAAAGGCAACAGUCGACCACAGAAACCAACAAGUUCUCAUUUCUCCAAAUGUGCGAAUGUCUCCGUCUCACGUUCCUGUCAUGGACUCUCCAAAACUCCUCCUCCAAACUUUGCCCCUAUCUUCCCUCUGGUCAGCACGCUUGAGGCAAACUGCACCGCUUUGUACUAGGGCCCGACGGAUAUGGAUUUUUUGGGGCCGAUACGGUAGAUAUCUACAGUAUACUAUAUACUGUUGGCUAUACUGUGGGCUACUGCUCUUCACGCCGACAGGAAGACCGACUCAGACCAGGCUCUUAACAAUUGGCAUUUUUUCUUGUACUUGACUGUUGUAUUGUUGUUUUUAUGUGUGUCUUAUCUGGACGGCUGGGUUCCUGCCUGCAAACAAAAUUUACCGCAAGGUAUAAAUAAAGAAACCUUUGAACCUUUGAACCUAACUCCUGUUACUCAUUUCCAAUCUGGUCUCAUCUGGAGACAUGCAGCUGCCUCAGUCAGAGAAGUAGCUCGAUCACUAAUGUGUACUGUCGUUUAUUCUACUGUUACUGGCGCGGCUAACAGUGUAGCAAGGCUAAUAGCAGGUGGCUAACUCUAACUUUAGCUUGCAUGUUACAUGGUGCUUCACUGUUAACUCGACGUGACCGAGACCAGCACAGCGGGGAACAUGGUGAAGUGGGUUGAACUGAAACUUGUUGACUUAUUGUGUAUUUAACAAACUGGUGACCGAGACCAAAUCUUAUUCUCUGCAUUUUAUUUCUGAAAAUCUGCGAGUUUUGGCCGAUUAAAUGGGCUAAAAUUGGCAGAUUUAAUCGGCUCGUCGAUUAAGAGUGCCAUCUUUUUCCGAUCUGCCCGAAAUUUUACAGGCACGUGUAUCUUAAUGAGAUCUCUGAUUUCGCGCACUUGGACUUUUUUCUCGGACGCACGGUUAAAGAGUUAUUCCGCUGUUUUCGGCACAUUUUGUCCAUUUGUAUGUGUCACUCCAAAGGUAUCUAGUUAUUAUAAUUAUUAUUAUUAUUAUUGCUCUCUUCUUUCAGAUGCUGUCACACUGUCUUUGCCCUGCUCUUAUAUCACUUAUCCACCUUUAAAUAAGUAUAAGAUGAUACAAGAAUACAUUUAAAAAGAAUACUGAAAUCAAUCAUUGGUCAGUGAAAGAAGUCUAAAUUUAGUUAAAAGCCAGACUAAAACAGUAGACUCUGUGCUUUCUUCAGGUCUUCAGGUCGGCUGUUCCAAAGACGUAGACCUCACCAUGAAGUCUUGGUUUGGGAACAGGGCUCAUAUAGUAAAGGAAAAUGUGAUAAGUUGGUUCGAGAACAUUAAGAGCUUUAAAAACCAAUGAAAGAAUCUUAGAAUCCAUUUAUGUUUUUGGAGAAUCUUUUUUGGUUUUAAUUCUCCCUCCUGCUCCAACACUGUCAGUAUUCAGUUUGUUGCAUUUGUUGAAAAUAAAAGGAGGUUUUAAUCUUUACAAAUGUUCCCCCAGUUUUGCAAUUUAAAAACGAAUCUUCCUUCUAGAGAUUGAGACUGAUGAAAGUGACAAAACUGGGAUUAAAAAAUAAAAAGAUCAAGAAAUAAAAACACAGAUUUCUUGUGAUAAGAGGUGAAAUAACCACGUUUCAAACCUGUACACUUACCAAUACUCGCUGAGAAAACUUCCACGACAAGUCGGGACUGAAGUUAUUUCCAGGAACUUUCAAAUAUUGCUGUUCAAAUACAGAUCCAGACCUUGGUCCUUAACCUGUGAAGUGAUGGUCUUUGGUCCCAGUGGCCCUUGUGAAACCCCUCCUGUAAACUUGGGUAUUUUAGCAGAUUAUUUAAAGCCAACCGUCUCAAAUUUGGGUUUUAAGAUGGACAGUGAUUUUAAAUUCGACAGGCAAAUUAGCUCCGUAGUGAAAUCCAGUUUUUAUCAUAUUAGGCAGCUGGCGAAGGCAAAGCCUUUCCUUUCACGAACGCACUUUGAAACAGUAAUCCAUGCCUUUGUUACAUCUCGGCUGGAUUACUGUAACGCACUUUAUUUUGGAGUCAGCCAGUCCUCCCUCUCACGUCUCCAGUUAGUUCAAAACGCAGCCGCCCGGCUCUUAACUGGAGUACGUAAGAGGGAGCACAUUACUCCCAUCCUGGCCUCCCUCCACUGGUUACCUGUGCAUUUUAGAGUUCAUUUUAAGAUUCUUUUAUUUGUUUUUAAAUCUUUAAAUGGUCUGGCUCCAUCAUACCUCUCUGAGCUUCUCCACCCCUACACCCCAGCUCGGUGCCUCAGGUCAGCUGAUCAGCUGCUCCUGGAGGUACCGAGGUCCAAACGGAAGCUCAGAGGGGAUAGAUCUUUUUCUGUUGCUGCCCCAAUUUUAUGGAACAAGCUACCCCUCCAAAUUAGAGAAGCCCCCACACUGUCCAUUUUUAAAACUCGUCUUAAAACCCAUUUUUAUUCAUUGGCUUUUAACCCUCCAUGAGACUCGGCUCCUGUUUUAGUGUUUUAUGGUUUGUUUUUAGUUAUUUGUUUCUAUGUUUUUAAAUUAGUUUUUAAAAGCAUUGAAGCUAUAUUUUAUUAUUAAUUCUGCUUUUAUUUUAUCCAUUGUUUUAAUUGUUUCUUGAUUGUUUUUUAUCUUGUUGUUUUUGUCCUGUUAUGUACAGCACUUUGUACAGCUGUGGUUGUUUUAAAGUGCUCUACAAAUAAAGUUGAGUUGAGUUGAGUUGAGUGACUGCAAAGCAAAGGAGUGUUUCCUCGGAUCUCCUCUGUGGGUUUUUCUUGGCAGGAGAAAAGGGAAAUCCUGCCGAUGAGGGGAAACAUUCAGUCACUUUAAACAAACUGCAUCAGUCCACACCCAGAAUUAACAGUAAAUACACUUCAACCUGAACAAAAGGAAUUUAAGGAGGGGCUAAACUCUGACCAUCCACAAUAAUGGUCACUCUCUUUUAGCUCUGUUUUUGGUCUCCACCACCCACUUCGCAAUGCAGCGUCAAAAUGACAUCUAUUUAACGUAUUUUUCGAAGAUGAGGUACAGAUGUGGACGUCAUUUCAACGUCGAAAAGAGGUCCAACAAUGACGUCUAAAUCUUGGAUCCAUUUUGUCUAAAUUUGGUCUUCAGAUGACGUCCAAAUUCUAAACGUCAGAGCGACGUCUAAAAAAGGACCGAUUUGGACAUCGAAAUUUUGGACCUAUUUUGCACUUCGUACCGACGUCUAGAUGUGGUCUUUGACGGACCAACCCAACUGACUUGAUCUGCACGUCUCUUUGACGUCCGAUGUUUGGUGGGCAGGAGUAGUGGGGGAAUAAACAGACUGAAGUACCGUGACAGAAACCCGUCCUCUCUUUCCAAAGAGUUUUGUUUUCGGUCACUUCCCAGCAUGCAACUGGAGUGACAUAUUUGCACAAAUAAUUACAAAAUAUUUCGACGUUCAAACACGUGAAUUAAGCGAGAAAACGGUCUCAUUGGCGUCCAGUGUGAACGCAUGAGAAGACCGUAAAUCCGUUUCAGGUAUUCGUGAUUCCUCAGGCCAACCAACCUGUCAAACAAUCCGAUGUGAAAAUUCCCGGUUAAUUCGUUGACGUGUCGUUUUCUGGUGUUUUGAUGAGUUUCUCUGACCAAUAGUCUUUGUUCAUGUUUGUCCGGCAGAUCCCCGGGGCAGCGAUGGACAGGGUCAGCCUACUGUGGCGCCUGAGACGCCGGGCUCGCCGUGGAGCGGUCUGCAUGACUUUCUUCUGCAUCUGCAUGGCCCUGCUCUACGCCAUCUGUGCUGAAAACAGCGUGCCUGUCACCGACGCCAUCUUCGGGGUCCGGGCGAGGACCCGAGCGCAGCCGCGCACACACUCUGUCAUCAAGGUCAGCAGUUAUUCUUAAAGCGGCUUUUUUAGGUCCACAAAUACCCCGACUGUUUCACCACUUUCUCCCUCUGACCCCCACAGGUGCUGCGAGGCGGAGCCAAACCCGUGUACAUCGACCCCCAAAAGCUCCCAGGCGUCAUCCCGGGCGACCCCCACCGUCCAAUCCCAGUCCUCUCCUCUCCAAACCGAACGCAGGAAGCAGCGGAGUCAACGCCGAAGAAGAAGAAGACUAAAGAUCGAGAGUCCGGAGGGUUUUUUACUCGGAUUCUGCCGCGCCCCGUCACUCGCAUGCUGGAGACGCUGUUUGGAGGCCGGCGGAAGGGGGAGCUGAGCGGGAAAGGGGACGCAGAGUUCUUCGGGCCCAAAGGGCUUCUGGGGGAGGUCUGGGAUGACGAGAUGUCCAGUAGCAUGCUGGGAAACAGACUGAAGAAGGUGGUGCAGAAUUACCAGGUGAGAGCUGUAAUGAGUGACUUUUGUUUGUUCUAAAUAUUUUACUUUUCCCCUCAAACGUUUUUAAUUCCAGCUGACCUUUCAGAUUAUACCAGAGCAGUUUUUAACGUCCCCGUCUUCGUCUCUGUCUCUAAUAACAUCAGGCCAUGAAUAAAUAUGGAGUCGAGGUUUCCGGUCCCGGCGGGUCGUCCAGCCGGCCCAAGCUGAGCGGCCCGAAGCUCCUCUGCCAAAUGAAAGAAAAUGUGGAGGUUUCAUCUUUGACCUCCGACCUACACCCGUUCUCCUUACUGCCCUGGGCCUCCCAGCUGCCGCAGCAGCAGCUGACCUCUGACCUCGGACCGUACAAGAGCUGCGCUGUGGUGUCGUCCGCGGGGUCGCUCCGCAACUCUGGACUCGGGAAAGAGAUCGGUGAGACGGUUUGUGUUUUUACGAGGUUCUUUACAGAGAAAUAACGGAGAGGUCUUCAAGUCCUCUGUGCUGGUCUGAGUUUGAUUACCUACAGCGAGGGCUGGGCGAUAUGGGAAAAAGUUUAUCACGAUAUAUUUUUGUCACAAAAGUCGAUAUCGAUAUAUAUCACGAUAUAAAGUGCUUAUUGGUCGCAUGUCUUUUGCAAUACAAUAAUCUACUGCAUCUGUGAGGUCUUUGUGUCUCUUUGACGUUUUGCGCUAGAGAAAGCGGACUGAAUGGUCGGCUGUUUUCGGGGUUAAAGUGCGAUGGUUGGGUGUAGCUGCUGUCUGCUACUACGCAGUUGUUUGAUACUUGGUUCUAAUUCAGCACAUGAUUGGUUCAGUGCGAAGCAGAAACUCCCUUUUUCAUUGGCUAUUCGUUUAGUCUACCAAAACCAUGUUUUAUAUUGAUAUUGAGGGAAAUUAAUUUUCAAAAUAUAUCGUUAUCGUUUUAUUGCUCAGCCCUACCUACAGCCAGAGCUAAGAACCUCAAUUUCCACCGCAUCCGGAACGGCUACGAAAAGGCUGUAUCCGCGGAUUGCAGCUAAUCGUAACGAUUCAAGUUAACGUGUCAAUUUCCACAGGUUUCUUUCCGUUCCGCUGCGGAUCGCACAAGUUCUAUUUUUUCCGGACGCCGGAGCAUGGCGGAUAAAUUCAGCACAGAUUAACCCGUGCUGGAAAGGAAGUCGGGCACAGACACAAAAUAAAACAUCUGGCUUCUUUUCAAAAUAAAACACUCAAACAAGUGAAAGGUUUUUAGACGUCAUUUCACCCCGAUGACACCAUGGAUGAGGAGAUGCUGAUUCUAGAAGUCUAGAAGUAGAUUUCCUCCUCUGGAAGGACACAAUCUACUGCUUAUACGGUUAGCCUCUGUGUGGCUAAAGACUACAAGUUAUCGCUUGAUUGCACGUGAAUUCACAUGUUCUUGUGAGUUCUCACGAUUCCUGAUGUCCGUAAUCCGACACAAAAUUCGCCUCACAAAUGGAUCUGGUAGGAAUUGGCUGACAUCAAAAAUCAUUCCGGAUGCGGUGGAAAUUGGGGGUCAGAGAGCAGCGCGACCAGCAACUCAACACAGCAGGUAAAAUCAACACAGCAACAACUACAUCACUGAGCAACCAUACACCAUGUUUAAAACCUAAAAACUAACGGAUCCCUUUUUAUUCCAUUUUAUAUACUUUAAUAAAUUUGCAUGAUGCUAAAAUACAGACAUCAAAUCAAACCAGGAAGCUUCGAAUAGCAGUGAAGAAGAAAUAAGAAUCUAUAAACUGAGUGGUUAAAGGGCGAGGAUUGACAUAGAAGUACACAACAACAAUGAAAGACAGCAGGAGAGUUUUAACAACAUAAUUAAAAUCAGAAAGAUUAAAAGUCAAAGUUUCCUCACUGCGGUCAUCUCAAAGAAACGUAAAGCAGAUGUCUUGAAUCAUGGUGUCGACUCUCUUUGAGACAGCCCCCAGUGGACAUUAAAGGAACUGCAGUUUGUUGUUUUUUUUUCUCUCUUGCACAUUGACUUCAUUUUGCAGCACCCCAGGGACACUUCUCGCAUGAAACACACAAUAGCUGCUUUUCUUUCUUUCUUUCUUCCUGUUUUCUCCGUAAAUUAUUUACAGACACCAGCAGAAGAUGUUUCUGCUUCAGUCAGGAGUUUCACUUCCUCUAACCUCCAAAAACUGUCGUCUGUUUCACAUGUUACUUCUCAGACUCUCAUGAUGCCGUGCUGCGCUUCAACGCCGCUCCCACCACCGGCUUCGAGAAGGACGUCGGGUCCAAAACUACGAUACGCCUCAUCAACUCUCAGGUAACCGUGGCAACCUGCAGAAAGACACAGCGUCUGUCUGACGAUCAUAUAAAAAGUUCAAACGAGAAAAAAAAACACAAUGUGACCCUAAAUCAUGACACCAGGGGUCAAAAUUAGAGUCAAAUGUAAAUCAAGCAUCUGGCUUAUUUAGCAAAACUGGUUCAUAACGGCUUUUAAAGGUUUAUUCUAAUAUGGAUUUGCAGGAAAGACGCCCUGACAGAAAAUUCAAUCGUGAAAAUUAGGAAAGGAAAACAAAAAACUGGUUCCAGAUCAGAAAUUGUUCCUGGACACCGUCUUCAUGUUUUCCUUAUGUGUGCCUUACAAAACAACGACAUGACGCAUGACGAGAAACAGUCAGUGCAAACAACAACCAAGGAAGUAAAGAUGGUGGUCAGAAGACAGGAGCGGUCCAAAACACUGUCGGAUAUGACUAAAAACUGUUGUGAUUACAAUAUGAACUCUAAAACUAACUGUAAAAUCCACUCAGUUUGUGAGACCGACAGUUUUUCAGCAGUGAAGUUUGUGUUUCAGCAAAAUGGAAAUGCCAAGCUGUCAAUAAAGUAGAAUAAAUCAUGGCUCCGGUAUCAAUCUAGCUCAGGUCUGCGUCAACAUUUCUGCGCCUUAUAUCCCUGGACUUAUAAGGAGUCUCAGCCCGAACACAUCCACCUCAAAAAUCACAGUGCCACCUGCUGUCUUCACUAAGUUACUGCCUCCAAAUAACCACUCUAAAAUCAUAUCUAGAAUUACAAUCAUGCAUCAGAUUUUUAUAGCGCUUUUUUGUCAGUGACCUCAAAGCGUUUUACAUUGGACACAUCAUUCAUUCAUUCACUCACUCACACAGUCACACCUUGGUGGUGGUAAACUACCUUAGUAGUCACAGCUGCCCUGGGGCAGACUGACGGCCUCUCCGACCACCACACAUCACUCACAAUCACACACCAGUGGAGGACACACACUGGGAGCAAAGUGGGUUAAGUGUCUUGCCCACGGACACAACGGACAGACUCGGGAUAGGGCGGGACUCGAGCAGUACAUCCUCGGACCUUCCCCCAAUCCCCCUUAAGAGUGCAGAAGUCUACGCCAAACUCUGUUGCCACAGCGGCGCGUUAUUUGCCAUCAAGCGGGGGGUAGUAUUUUGAAGGCCUUAAAUCACCCAGUUGAGCGAAGACAUAUUUAUACAUGUUAAGUUUCUGGGUGUGGUCUAAAUGGCAUGAUCCAUCACCCUUCCCUGGGUAUAUGCAUCUUGACAAUAUCUGACAAACUGAAGGUGCGAGUGUCCGCUAAAUUUCUUCUCCCUUCAGGUGAUGGCGUCUGAGGACCACCGCUUCCUCUCCAGCUCCCUGUACAGCUCAGGUGCUCUGGUGGCCUGGGACCCCGCCCCCUUCUCUGCUGACCUCACUCAGGUGACGUUAAACACACACAUUAGAAGAAGAGUUUUAUUAUUAUUAUUAACGUACUCUAACCUCAGCGUGUGUCUCCGCUCACAGUGGCUCAACAGGACAGACUACCCCAUCUUCACCCAGUACCAGAGAUACAGGAGGCUCCACCCUAUGCAGCCCUUCUACAUCCUUCACCCUCGCUUUGAGUGGCAGGUGUGGCAGCGGAUACAAGACAACAUGGCCGAACCCAUUCAGAAGAACCCGCCCUCCUCCGGCCUGCUCGGUACGUAAAACUCUGUUAUCUGAAUCAGGUGAUCUUUACAGGUAAAACAUUAAACAGGAAGUUAAUGUCACUCCUUCAUACUGUGUUUGAUCUGCUCCAAAUCCAAAAGACAUGAUCAAAAUCCACCCCUGAACACAUCGACAGUAUAUCCCAGUUUUACAGCUAUAUUUAUGUUCAUUACUCUAUAAAACCACCAAUUGGAAACCCGCAGUAUUAUUUCUUAUCAGGCCUUUGAUUGGUGAGUAAAUAAGGUCUUUAGAUAAGGCCGUAGUACAGGUAAAGGUGCGCCUCUCUGAAUAACUAUAUUUUUUUAUUGUGUCCUUUCAGGCACCGUUCUGAUGAUGUCUCUGUGCGAGGUGGUGCACAUUUAUGAGUUCCUUCCGUCCAGGAGGAAGACAGAGCUCUGCCAUUACUAUCAGCGCUUCUUCGAUGCCGCCUGCACGCUCGGCGCCUACCAUCCGCUGCUGUACGAGAAGAACCUCGUCAAGCGGAUGAACCAGGGCCCCGACCGCGACAUCUACACCCACGGAAGAGUCACCCUACCCGGCUUCGGACAGUUGAACUGCACCCAGGCUGCUGAAGGAGCAUCCAAUAAACACUGAGUGGAGAGUGACGCACAAAACACACUCACACACACACACACACACAUACAGGGUGUAAAGCAGAUCGCUGCAUGAAGACUCGUAUGGAUGAGGACAGACGCAUGAACACGUAACACCCACUGCCGAACCCAAAGGAACGCCAUGCCACCCACUAGAGAUAUAUCCCACUGUUAUUAUAGGCUGCCAACACACACACACACACACAAACAGACACACACACACACGAUCUACUGAUGGAUGUGCCUGCUCUUCACACUAAAUAGACCAUCCGCUAAUGAUGUUCAUCCCUGAUCUCUAAAAUUUAAAUUUAAAGGACCAUUCCGCUGUUUUUAAAGGGUGAAAGAAUCAACAACAUGAGGGUCCCAGAGAUGGGGUCCCAGAAUUGAUAUCUUUAAGCUGCAGCUCCGGACUCUGCAGACACCAUAAUGUUGUUGUAAUGUAAUAUUCUUGCCAGAGGGUGGCAGUAGCACAACUAAAAGCUCUUUACUAAACGCAGGGCUCGACAGCGAGUGUUUCACUCGCAUUGGCGACUAAAAAUAGAUGUGAGCGAAUUGUAAAAUGUAUUUAGGGUCACAUGUGCGUAAAGAAAAAAAUCAGCCGAGACGACAAAUGUUUUGCUCACAUAAAUACGACGGUGAAGUUAGUUUUAGGUCGGAAAUUGUCGGACAUGCACUGCAGAUCUACAGGUGUCUUCUCUCUCUCCAUAACCGGGAAUAACAACAGCAGCGCGGUUAAAUCUACUCGACACCCUCACUGUCAACAUCGGGUAUUGAAUAAGGGACCGUCAAUAAAUUACCGGUUGAUGUUCUCAGAAAAGGCUGUUUUCCUUCAAUAGCCUCCAUGUAACCAGUUGACUUAAAAUUGAUCUUAAAUAAUAGUACUAAGAUCAGACAAUUAGACAAACGUCAUUUGAUCAUUUUUUAUUGCGCCCUUAAAGUUCUUUGUAGUGUUGUGUUUUUCACGAACGAUUCGUUCAAAAGAACCGAAUCUUUUAAGUGAACGUACUGAACGGAAUCACUUCCCAAAGUGAUUUGUUCGUUUCUCACUUCACUUGGGUUGUCGGACGCGCCGCUGCUAUAACACGCAGCAUUGCCAGGUGAGCAGCCGGCGAACAAGGGACCACAUGCACAAUGCCUGAAUCACUUGGUAAACGAAUCAUGCAUUGAACUACACUCUCUGGAAUCAUUUUUGUAGGACAAAACUACCCAAACUACCCUUUUUUUUAACUGCUAAAUUUCCACCACAACAACCUUCAUACAAUAGGACACAGCAUGUAACAAGUCGUGCAUAAAACCUGCAGCAUCCUAUCAUUACAGCGGUUUGUGAGGUAACGGUUCAUGUUCAGUGUGAAUUCUUCUAAACAUUCAGUGAACGAAUCACUCACUGACCCCAAUUUAAACCUUAUAAAUAGCAUACCAUAGGACAGUACACUUAAAACAUCGUGACUUAUAGACAAGUUCAUUCUUACAAACCUGUUUAAGUAACACAGACAAACACUCUCGUCUCCCAGUCCCAGAAAGUCGCAGGCUCCUCCCGCCAAGCGCUGAAUGAUUUGAUGAUUCGGUGAACGAAUCUUUUGAACAAAUCAUUUUGGUGAACUGAUUCUAGUGAUUCAGCACAUCUAAAAGAACUGCCGUGCCCAUCACUAGCUCUUUGUGUGCUCCUUACUUUUAAUCUUCGGAGCACAUGUGAAAAUAGCGAGUGUCCAGCCCUGAAACGUAUUCGGUAAAACCUGUGCAGCGAUUUCGAACAGCAGAAAAUGUGAAUACUGUGCAUGGACAGUCAGUGUACCCCACCUCUCCGUCACAACCAGCGUUAGGUGAUUUGUACAUGGACGAGGUUUGCUCAUGACGUCGUGUUUUACAGUUAUGCAAAACUAAGAUGGUGCAGAAUAGCAGCAACACUGUUUAUGCGGCUAACAGAUCACUAUGUGUAUGAAGUCUGUAGCAGCAGCAGCACUGUGCAUGUGGGUGUGUGAACACGGUACGGUGAGAGGUGUCGAGGAGAGCGCCGACACAAAAAUAUAACAAGAUGCUGCAGAUGCUCGCCCGGCAGAAGGAGAGAGAGCGAGUGAGAGAGAAGCUGCAGGAAGCUUUUACAUCGAGUGUUAAACGCUGAGCACAGGUGUUUCCAGAUCUGAGAAAUCAAACAGCGGCGGUGUUUAUUCUUUAAUCUCACAGGAGGGGUGUAAGGAAGGACCUCACGCUGCAUGUGCAAAGGGUUAAAAAUAAAAGCAAAGAAAUACUUGGAUGGCUUUUAGGAUUUGUGGUACCAAACUAGACCGAAUCUGCCCCGAAACCAAACCGGACCUCUACAUGGAAACACUGACUGUCAAAUGUAAACAUGCACGCUACACUGCUGCGUCACUGACACCCACAAAAACAGCAGCAUGGUCCCUAAAUACAGUCGAGAUGAUUUUGAUCUUUAAAUGAACCAAAGUGUGAGAGAAGACUUUGAAGAGAGACGGAAAACAACCAUGUCGACAUCUUUCAUCAGAUCUUUGUGUUUUAAACGUCAUGAAUCAUCUACGGGGGCGUCGCGCUCACCAUCUCACCUCCAUCUCUGACUUUUUAUUUUAAAAAACUGGUUUACAAUUUAUCAAGAGAUAUAUUUUGAUGGCAGCUAUUUUGCUUGUAGCUGUUCGAUCAUUCUGGUUUUUGCUCUUUAUCUGAUCACACUUUCAACCUUUGUCACUCGAAUUUAUCGCCAUUUUCGUGCAUUCAGGGGUUGUUUGAAAUGACAGGGCCUACUGUACUUGCACCUCUGCCCCUGACACAGAGGACCAAUCAGAUUAAGCGAUGUGACUCAGUUCAAUCAGUUCGAUAAUCCGUGCUAAAAGGAAAGGAAUGAAACUGCUCAUUUCUUUUCUCUCAGACGGGCCUCCUCCGGCUUUGAUUCUCUUCACUUAAUAAUUUACUGCCCUAUUUUCUGGGCUCCAGAACCACUUCUUAACCAUUUCUUGUGGACUUAAAGUCAUUAGUCUGUUUCAGAGUUUGAUUGUAUUUGUUCUCACACUGGAAAAGAUGUCAAGUUUACUCGCAGAAAGGAGCCAAAGUAAAAGAAAAGACAAUAUCACACACAGGAAUGCAUCUUUUCUCUCCAUUCCGCAUUGCCUAUCCACUCCAUUUCACUCUGAGCGUAAUCUUCAGAAGUCUUAAAAACAAUCAUUUCAGAUCAGUCACUUUUAGAGCCAAAUAUGAGUAAAAAUUUGGAGUUAUGAUCAACAAAUCUUCAAAAAUACCAGGCCUCCUUUUUCUGCUUUCAAACCCUAACACUAAAUCAGGACUCGGGCUCUUACAGCAUUGAGAUGAAACUGAUCUGAACAUGACAAUAAAUGUUGCACUGCUCCUUUCAUAAACCUGCAUAGUUGAUGAAAAUGAUCUGAUGAAUGUGAUACACUCAUACACGCACACCCACACACACCUCUGAGUAGUGCUGGGCGAUAUGGAAAAAAAUUUAUAUCACGAUAUGGAUCAUUUUAUAUCACGAUAACGAUAUAUAUCACGAUAUAGCUAUGGUAUGCUUUCAGUUCUAUGAAAAAUGUAAGUGUAUACAGCUGCACUAGUACAGUACCAGUACAAGACCAGCACUUAAAACUAGAAAAAUGAAUAAAUAAAUACGUGGCUGAAGUGCGUUCAUGUCUGUGCUCACCCAAAGUUAUGUAACACUUACAGAAAACGCCGAUAGUGUGAGCCGAAGCACUCCAUAACAAUAAUAAUAAUAAUAAAUUUAAUUUGUAAUGCACUUUACAUUUACAAAAAAAUCUCAAAGUGCUACAGUACACAGUAAAAAAAGAGCAACAACAAUAAAAAAAGCAAUAGAAUGACAGUCACAGAUUAGCAUAAAAAAGAAUUUAAAAAAAAUAAAAUAUAUAGAGUUGCAAUGUAAGAGGCAAGGUAGUAAAAGCAUAAAGCAUAGAGGAAAACUAACCAAAGGCUUUAUUAAAAAGGUAGGUCUUUAGGGCUCUUUUGAAGAGGUUGUUCACACUGCUGGAUGUUUCUCCUCCAAAGCUGCUCUAUGCCUCCAUCAUUGUUUACUUUACUCUUGAAGCACGUAGCAAGACCCGAGCAUGAAUCCGAGCGCUUUAUUCGCCUAUCAGGGGCAGACAGGUAAGGUGAUUUGAUUCGCCACGACUCCAGAAAUGAUUGAAAAACUACAGAAUGUCACAAAAUCACGUUUUGCCGCUCCUGGCUCGAAGGGUACAAAUGCGCAGCCGCGCUCCCAGCUGACAGGAAGUCAAACCGCUGUUGUAGUUCUUUUGUGUUGCUAGCGCGGUCAAGAGUGUUUACUCUCACUGAGAGAUGACUACAAAAAUGGACGCACCUGUUCAUCUGGUUGUUAAACACGGCAUCAUCUUUUCAUGUUGUUCCCGCUCCUGCCCACUUUUUUUUCCCGUCCCGUCCCGAUCAAGAGAUUAAUAAAAAAAUGACUCCCAUCCCGCGGGAAUCACGUGACUCACGGGAAUUCCCGAAAAAAGUCAUCCUCCACAGGGAAGGUCCCGGAGCAGAUGAAACAGGUGCCGGAGCGGCUGAAAUAGGUCCCAGAUCCGAUCAAAAGAGGUCCCGGAUCGCGCUCCGACUUGCUCCGGCACAAAUUAAGCACUGCUUACAAUGAUCCCCUCACGUGUGUAACCCAGGUAACCCGCAACGGCGGGAGACGCUGGACAUAAAGAGGGCACGUAAAGCGGCGUCAUGUCGCAAAAUCGAAAGAGAAAUGCAAGCCUACAUGUCAACGCAUCCUUUUCUUUUUAAGAAAAUAUUGUUUUCUUUCCCGUUCGACACCAAAUACACUUACUGAAUGUGCAAUUAUUGUUGUUGUUACUAUGAAUCAUCUGAUGGCACAAGCCCUAUGGAUAAAAUACAGCCUAUCGCCCGAAACGAUAAGAAUAAAAAUGGCACGAUAGACAUUUUCUAUCGUGCCAACGAUAUAUAUCGUCCAAUCGCCCAGCACUACCACUGAGUUUAUUCACUGAAGAGAAAACUGCCUGCGGACGACAUGACUCUCCUGUUUCAAACCAACAAGACAAACUAAAACAGAUUUUAUACCCUGUUCGUCAACCCCGUGAAAACCUCUCCUCAAUAAUCUUUUUAUAAUUCCAAUAAAGUGUAAAUAUUAUAGAGCGUGUACCCGGGAGGACUUUCUUUACUGUGAUUCAGCUUUUUUAAGUGAAACAGAUUUCUAUUUCUAUAAAUUGACCUUUAAGGACGACCACUAUCGUAGAUAUUCUGCCCUUAGUUUGUACACAAACGGAUUAUUUUGAUUGUUUUCUGUAUGAAUUGUUUAGUUGCCUUAGUACAGACCAAUAGUUUUCAUGUCUGUUCAUAACACAAGGAGUAAUUUAUGAUAUUCAAGACCCGCCCAUAAAGUUUUAGUGCUUAAUGCAGUUUGCUCGUGUUUUGCAGCUGACUGUAAGUAUCUCCUGCGCUCUUAUUCUGAAGGCGCUCAAAUCUGUCAGCAUAGAGGGGAAUUAUGUCUCCCAACCUGAUUUAAUUUGAUCAGUAAACCGAACGACGUCAAUGCAGGAUAAUUUUAGGAAAUGCGUUCCGGUGUUUUAAAAGUGUCAGGGGGUUAUAAACAGGCGCUUCAGGUCUUUACUGUCUCCACACACCAAGCGUGAGUAAAAUCAUUCGUGCGAAUGAUUCUCAUGUUAAGUCAAUGCAAAGACGUGAUCAGAUGCUCCGACUACUCUGGCGGCGGGAAUGACACGAAUUGGGCGGGAGCUGAAAAUGUCUCGACUGGAGCGGAUCUUUGUGACGAUAACCAAUCAGCACGAAGGUUGGCGGGUGACACGUGAAAGUGGACUGUUGUUCACUGGUAUCGGAAAACACAAGCAAUAAAACAAAGUAAAUACCGGAGACUCUGGAGGAAUAGAAACUCUGGGGGCGCUUGGGGAUCUUGGUGACCCUGUAACCUUUCUGCUGGACAGGUAAACCGCUUUAACAAAGUAAGACAAGUGUCUGUAACAGAAGUGUUUCUUGUCAAACGGACCUGCUGUAGCGUGUUGUAGCGCCAUCGCUAAACUGUUUACCUCGGGUCCUGGACUAUGUCACUUUAUCUGAGUUGUAGAAGUCCUGCAAACAUUGCAAAAGCGAUCAGAUCAUUAUUUUCGCGUCAUGAUAACUAAUCAGCAAAAAUGGACGGUUGUUUACUGGUAUCUAAAACGGAGAAGAAACUGAUUGUGGCGGUUUGUAGGUGCCCCGAAUUUUAUGAUACCUUUUGUUGCAAUUACCGAAACCAGAAUGAAAAGGAGCUCGCCUGGAAGCAAGUGAGUUAGGAGGUAAAAAGUUAAAAACCUUUUUACUCUCUCACUGGAUCCCUCCCAAUUCAACCAGCGUUGAAAUUACCGUUGACGCACGAAUAAAGCGAGUAAAUACUAUUCAUUCGCGCGUCAAGAUUCGCGCAAAUUGAGCAGGUAGAUUAUUUUACUCGCGCUUGGUGUGAGCGCCCCAUUAGACUUGCUAAGGUCAUCAUGCAGCUAACACUCCUUCUGUGUGUAGCACCAAGAUCAGGUACAGUCUGCAGGAGAAAGAAAAAAAACAGAGUUUAAAGAAAAGGCUCCAAAUACAUCCAAAGUCUUUUCUGCUCUUAAAUCUGAAUCACAGUUUAUUUCCAAUUCAAUCACAGUAAAGAAAACGGCCUCAGGGGUAUCGGCUCGUAUUCGUAGGCAUGUGCAACAUCCUGUUAACUUUUCUCCAAAACUGUGUAGCAACUGGGGAAAAGGAUAAAUAGCUAUAUCUCUGAUAUACAGAGAAAUGAUAUGCAUGGCAUAACUUCACUAAACUUGACCAUUGUAAUAUAAGCGAUGCGACGGGAUCCGCACUUUCACGUGUGAGCAGGUCAUUAGCAUGCAAACAAAGACCUCGACUGCACUGUGAGAGUACCGCUCCCUUAAAUUCUUGUUUUGAAUAAGUUAAAAACUAUUUAAUGGAUCGCCGUAAGAAUUAGCAGCAACACUCAUGGUCCCCAGAGGGUGAAUUGUAUUAACAUGUCGUUUUUAUUUGGCGCCAUCAUGUGGUUUUAUCUAUUUUAAAUUCACGUCCUGGAAAAGUUAGCACUUCCUUUCAAUCUUUGCUGUAUUUAAUGUUUAGUGCUCGUUGGCAAAUGUUAGCAUGCUAACACGCUAAACCGCGUCAGAAAUCAUGGUUCUGCUGGACAUCAGGAUGUUAGCAUCGUUAUUGUGAGCAUGUUAGCAUGUUGAUGUUAGCGUUUUUAUUGUAAAUAUUUUGUUUGUUUAAAAUGAUGCUGGGGUUAUAUUGCUGCUUUCUUUUGACUUUGUUGGGGCCUCUGAAGGUAAAAGGGGCCAAACACGGUGUACAGAUGACUGUAGGGGGCGAUAAGGAGUCGGCAAAAGCCUAAAGGUUGAAGGGUUCGAUGAGCAUGCUAGUGUUUUAAAUAGAAAUGUAGGCAGUUUGAGGCUGGAGAAACUAAAAACUGUUUCAGGUUCAAGUCUUUACCAGGAUGUUGUUGUUAAUUCAGGAAGCAAACACUUGAAUUAUUGAUGUCAUUGCAUUUAAGAGGAAAACCAGGAGAUUUCCUCCUAUGCAGCCGCUCUCUGGUUCCAGCUCCUGCUCCUUUAAUUUAGCCGUCACUUUGAGUCCUGUGAAACCUUUUGACGUUUGCUUUUGCUUACUGAUGCACAUUUUCCUCUGCUCUGCCUUCUUCCUCUUUGUUUCUGAGAGGAACGGUUGUGAUUUCACACGGUUGAUUGUAAAUAUUGUUUACCUGCUCUGUCUGUAGUUUUCUUUUCUACCAAUGCAAGAACAAAAGCUCUGUUGACAUUGUCCCCAUCGCUGCCGUUUCUUCCUGUUUGACUUCCCAUUUCUGUCAAUAAAUUUUCAUGAAACAUCAAGAACCAACGUGUAAGCGGUAAAUGUGAAGGUCACUGUUUUUGGGUCAAAUCUGAAAUAAAUAAACGACUAUGAAAGGAAAA